AUGAAUGACAAUUAUAAUAUAGGUUAUGAUAUUGAUGAGAACGAAUUUGAUGGAUAUGAUGGAUAUAUGAAAAAGAAAGAAUCGAAAGGAUAUCAAUCACAUUCUGAUAUAUCGUGUAAAAUAGGUUAUACAGAUUCAGAAUCAGAAGGAGUAGCAUCUAUAAAAGAUGUGUCUUAUUUUACAUAUAGCAAUAAUAUGAAUAAUAAUUAUAAAAAAAAGAAAGAUACAUUAGAAAAACCAGUAUGGAAAAGUUUAUAUGAUAUUGAAGAAACUGUAAAAGAUUCUUUAUCUGAUUAUGAAUAUUCAAAGAAUAAUAAAUUAGAUAGUGAUAUUGAAUCUCCAAGAUUUGGUAAUACAUCUGAAGAGGAUGAUGUAAAUAAUAUGGAAGAAGAAAAUGAAACAUAUCUUAACAAUUCAAAUUAUAAUAAUUAUAUAAAAAAUAAAUAUGAAUCUAAUAGAAUAAAUAAUAAUAUGGAUAUAUCUUUAACAAAUGAAGGUUCAUAUAAAAAUUAUAUUUUAAAUAAGAAUAUAUCCAAUAAUUUAGAUUAUGACUUUAAAGAAGAAUUAAAAAAUAAUAUGUAUAAUAAUUUAAAUGUAUUUAAAAAUUUAAAAGAAGAUUAUGUAGAAGCUACAACACAUUUUCUUAAACCAAAAACUUUCAAAGAUAUGAAUGGAUUGUAUUAUGAUUUAAAUGAUGAUAUGAUUGAUAUAGAUUUGAUAAAAAAAGAACAUCAAAAAUUAAAGGAAAACAAUGAAUUAAAGAAUAUUAGCAAUAUAAAUUUUAAUCAUAUAUAUGAUAAUAAUAAUGAUAAUAUUUUAAAUGUAAAUACAAAAAAUACUAAAAAGAAUAAAAAAUAUAAAAAGGAAGUAUCAUUUGCUAAUGACAACGAGAAUCAUACUUACAAAAAAUUUCAAUAUGAAAAUAAACCUUUAAAGAAUAAAAAGGAUACAAUAUUGAAAAAAAUAAUAAAUUAUGAAGCGGAGGAUUUAAAUAAAGAUCAAGAGGAUCAAAUGUAUGAAGGAGAAGAUGAAUAUAGUGACGAGUUAGAUGAUGACAUAUAUAACGAUAGUGAUAACAAAAUAUAUUAUAAAGAUGAAAAAUUCAAUGAUAUGGUUAAUAAGAAAAUUGCCAAGGAUACAAAUUUUGAGUGGUGGAAUUCAAAAUCUGAUAGUCAAAUAUCAAAAGAUAUAAAUGAAGAAUAUAAUGAUUCGAAUGACAAAAUAAAAAGUAAUGAUUCAAAUUUUAAAAACAAUGAAAAAAAUGUUAAUAAUAAUAAUAAUAAUAAAAUAUUAAACAGAUAUGAUUUACCUAAGGAUAUAUCUUAUUAUGUAGAAGAAUAUCAAAAAAGAAAAGAACAGGUAAAAAAUUAUCAUAACGAAAUAGAUAACCCAAAUAAUUCACAAGAAAAAAAUAUAAAUGAUGAUAAGGAGAAGUAUUCAAGUGACAAUAUAAAUAUGAAUAAUAAUAUUAGAAGUAAUACAACAACAGUUUAUGCAAACAGUACUUUAUCAAAUGAAAAAAGUAAUAAUUUCUUGAAUAGUAAUAUCAGUGAAAAUGUAAGUACUAUUAUUACUAAAGAAAAUAAUUUAUUAAAUACAAAUAUUAAUAAGUCUAAUGAGAAUAUAUCAAUACAAAAUUAUAACGAUAAUAAUAAAUUUGUUGAUAAUAAUAUAUAUAUAGAUGAACAAAAUAUAACCCCCAAUUAUAAUCUAACACAAAAUAAAGAUGAAAAUGAUUCUUCUAAUAUAGAUUCUUUAAAGAAUAAUAAUUUUAUAAAAGAUACUUAUUCAGAUAAUGAUGUAAUAAAUACAGAAAGUAUAGGAAUAUAUAACAAAACAAAUGAAAUAAAUAAAAAUAUAAAUCAACCCUGUGUCAAUAACAACACAAGUAAUAUAUAUGAAUACAUUUUAAAUAAUAAUGAUAUGUUAAAUAAAAAUAUAGACAAGUCUAAUUUUGAAGAUGACUCAAAAAAAAAUAUAUAUGAUGUUUAUGAUAUGAUAAAUGAUUAUUAUGAAAAAAAUAAAAAUGAAGAAACCAUAAAUAAAAUACAAGAAAAAUGUGUUGAUAAAGUUAUGUAUGAUUUUAUUAAUAAUAAUAUUGUUAAAGAAACAACUGAUGGAGAUAUGGAUAAAAAACAUUUAUAUUUAGAUAAUGAAAAAAUUAACAAUACGUGUGAGAAUAGGAAUAACUCCUUGGAAAUGUCAAAGAAAGAGAAAAUAAAUAUAUUUCUUAAAUAUUUAAAAAUGAUUGAUGUGAAUUCCUUGAGUCAUCUUUUUCAAUAUUUUGUUGACAGAGAAAAAGACGAAGAAAUGAAAAAGAAAUUACAAUUACUUUUAAUAGGAGAAGAUCAAAAUAAGCAAAUGGAAUUUAUUUCAAAUUACAAAAGCAAUCAGAAUACCCAAACAUUAAAUAAAGAGUUAAAACAUGAAGGUGUUCAAACUAAUAGUGAGAGAUGUCAAAUAGAAAAUACAAUACAAACUGAUAUAAAAGAUAUCACAAAGACAUUGUAUAUAAAAAAUGAUAUGAUAAAUAAAAAAACUAGUAUUGAUUCUGUAUUUUUUAAAAGUUUAAGCAAAGAUUCAUGUGAUAUAUAUAAUAAUAAUAAUAAAGAAGAAUAUAUAAAAAAGAAUGAUACUACUCAUAGGAAUCAAGAAAAUGUUGAAAAGAAUGAAGAUAUUACUGUUAAUGAAUCUAAUACAGAGACAUAUAAUGAAGUGGAAAAGAUAAAUGAUUUAAAAAUAAAAAUUUUAGAGAAAAUCAAAGGUUGCUAUGAUAAUUAUAAUAGUAUUAAUAAUUAUAAAGAUGAUACAGAAACAGCUAUAUUAAUGUUACAAGAUAGAAAUGAAUAUAGUAAAGAAAAAUAUAUAGACGUUUAUAAUUUAAUAGAUGAAAAUGAGAACAUUUUAUCUAAAAUAAAUGAUGAAAAGAAUAUGAAAAGUAAUGAAUAUAAAAAAAAAAAUAGAAGUAUGGUUACUGUAGAAACAUUUGAAUCAUUAAAAUCAUUUGAAAAAGAAAUGAAUUUAUUAAAAUCACAUAAUGAAAGAUUAAGAAGGAGAAUUGAAAAAUUAUAUGAAUCACGUGAUAGAAUAAAAAAUGAAUAUAUAAAAAUGGAAAAAUUAAAAGAAAGUCAAGAUCAAUUAUUUAUAGCUACAGAAAAGCAUAUUGAAAAGUUACAUAAUGAAUUAGAUAAUUUAUCAAAAAAAAAUGAGGAUAUGAAAUAUGAUUUGAAGAAGAAAAAUAUAAAAAUUGUUGCUUUGGAAUCACAACUUGAUAAUAAUUUAAAUAUGAAUAGUAAUAAUAACAGGGACAAACAUAAUAAUAAUAAUAAUAAUAAUAUUAAUAUGGGUGAAAUUACAAAAGAUGAAGAAAUUUAUAAUGAAUUUAAUAAUAAGUUAGAACAAAUAAAAGGGAAAAUAACAAAUAAAACACAAGUAACUAUACAACUACAAUCACUACAAGAUCAAGUAUAUAUAUUAAAAGAAGAAAUUAAAAAAAUGGAUUCCUUAAAACUAGAAAAUAACCAAUUAAAAAAAAAAUUAUCAGAUAUGAAAAAUUAUAAUUUUAAUACAUCUGAUAAAAAAGAAAAAAUAAAUAUUUAUACAUAUAGAAAUAAUUCAGAAAAUAUUAUUGAGAAUUCCAAUGAACAUAAAUUUAUAGUAUCUAAUGAAAAUACAAAUACAACUACAAAUGAAUUAAAUUUUGUUACAACUAAUACAAAUAACACUACAUCAAAUAGUUUUAUUACUAUUGAGGAUAAUAUUAACAGUUCUGAAAAUUUUACUUCAAAUAGUAAUUUGUAUGAAGAUAAGAUUAAUAAAGAUAAGUAUCAUAUGAACAAUUCAGAAUAUUCCAACCUUUCUUUAUUAAAAAAUGAAAAUAAUCAAUUAUAUGAAGAAAUAUUUGAUUUAAAGGAACAAAUUAUGAUUAUGAAAAAAGAAAAGAUACUGUUGUCUAACCGUUUAAAUGAUUAUGACAUGGAUAAUAUUAAAGAGGAUAUUAAAAUAUUACAAAGUGAAUCUGAGAAAUUAUAUUUAGAAAAGAUAAAUAUAUUAACCAAAAAUUUAGAUGAAAAGAAAAAUAAAAUUAAUUUAUUAAAUGAUUUACUGAAAACAUCAAAUAAUCAAACGGUUCAAUUAAAUAAAAAAAUUGUACAUAUAAUAAAUGAAAACAAAGAAUUACAAAAUAAAUAUGAACAAUGUCUCAACUAUUUAGAAAAAUUAAAAAUGAAAUAUGAUCAACAGGCUCAAAAAUUAAAUCAAAUAACAAAUAUAAGUUAUAAUAUGGUUCCCAAUGAUUAUUAUUGUAUGGAUGAUUAUAAAUCCUUGAUAUCAAAUGAGCAGAGUUCAGAGAAUUUAUAUCUUAAUAGUAGUGAAGAUAAUAAAAUCAAUGACUUAAUACAUAUGGAACAUACAAUCAAGAUGAAGAAUGAACAAAAUAAAGAGAAAGAAACUAAAGAUAAUAACGAUAUCAACAAUGAUAAGGAUAAGGAUGUAUAUAUGAAAAAUGAAAAUUAUUAUGAUAAUAAAUAUUAUAAAAAAUAUAAAGAGUCCACAACAACAUGUGGAAAAUUGUCUGAAAUAUAUAGUUAUGAAAAUGUGAAAUAUGAUGUUUAUGAUAGAAGAGAAAAUAAUAAACUUGAUGAUUUGAAUAUAUAUAAGGAAAAGGUUAAUAAUAUACCAUUAAAUAUUGAAAAUUCAAAUAAAACAGAUGAGAUAAUAAAAAGAUUGGAAGCAUCUCCUAAUAAUGAUAAUAAAAAUAAUGACAAUAAUAAUAAUGAGAAUAUUGAGAAUGAUUCUUUGUUGAACAAAGAACAAAAUAUUCAUAAUAACAUAUUAAAUAAUGAACAAAAAUAUAUUAAUAUAAAUAAUAUUUUUGAAAUAGAUAAUAUAACAAAAGAUUUAGAAAAUAUGAAUAACUUAAUAACAAGUAACAAUAUUAAGAGUUCCAAAUCGAUUGAAUUGAAUGAUCAUAAUAUGAUGAAGAGUAAUAUGGAUGAUAAAAAUAAUACAUUUAUACAAAAAAAUCUUAUAUCAAAUAAUAAUAUGAAUCAUAAUAUAAUGAAUACAAAUAAUAAUUUAAAAUAUAACAGUUUUAAUACUAAUCUCGUUAAUGAAAGUUAUAAAAAUUUAGAUAAUAUUAGUAAUACGUCCACUGAAAAUUUUUUAAGAAAUAUUGAAAAGAGAUAUGUAUCCAAUAAAAUUAAUGAGCUGAACAAUGAUAUAUCUCAAUAUAUAGAUAAGAAGAAAGAAAAAAUACAUAAUUUGUAUAAGAAUAAUUUAGAAUAUAAUAAUGUCCUUGAAAAAAAUACAAACAUAAUGAAUAAUAAUAUAACUAAAACUAAUGAAUAUACAUACACAAAUAUAAAUAAUGACAAGGAUAAUAAUCAUACUUUUAAUAAGGAAGAAAACAAUUUAAAAAGUAUAUUUAAAUAUAAUAAUAAUAUUAGUGAUAAGGAUGAAAUACCUAAAUCAACACAAAACAGUUUCACAAAUGAAGACAAUAUAGAAUAUUAUAAUAAAGAUGGAAAAAGUAUGAAAUUAAAAAAUGAAGAUAAUAUGCAAAAGAGAUUUUCUCAUGAAAAUAUUAAAACGUAUGGGAUGAAUAAAAAUUGCUCAUCUAAUUCUUGUGAUAAUAUUGUAAAAAUAAAUUCUGAUGAAAUAAAUGAUAGUACCCAAAUGAAUGUAUUAAAAGAAUCUAAAAGCAAUAAUAAAAAGGCUGAGGCUUGGAUAAUUGAUAUUAAGAAUAAUGAUACAUAUCCUUAUAUAAAAAUAGAUAAAAAGGAAAAAAAUAAAAAUGAUAAUAAAAAUAUAAUAAAAGGAAGUAAUAAUAAAAUUAUGAAAAAGAAUAGUAAGAAUUCUAAUAAAAUGAAGAAUAUUCCAUUUUGUGUUAAUAAUAAGGCAUAUAAUAAAUCAUCCAUAAAUAACAAAUAUAAAAAUAAUAUUAAUAAUAAUAAUAAUAAUAAUAAUAAUAAUAAAUUAAACAUCUUAGUAAAUAGUAUAUCAAAAUUAGUACAGAGUAAAAUAAAAGAAGAGUUAAAUAAUAAAAAUAUAUCAAAAGAUAUACUAAAUUUUGAAAUAACUAAAAUAAAAAAGAAAAACAAAAAAGAAUCAAAAAAUAUGAACCACUCAAAUAAUAAUAAUAGUAUUAAUAUUAAUAGUUUUGAAUCAAUAAAUGAUAAUAUUAAUUCAUAUAAUGUUUUAAAUAAUAAAAUACCAUAUGAUAAUAUAAAUAUGGAUGAUGGAAAUUAUAUAAAUAAUGGUCCUAUAUAUGCUCCAGAUGGUUCUACUAUAUAUACUUGGGUUAAUAAUAUAGAUACAAAUUAUAUGUAUAAUAAAUAUUUUGAUAGUAAGAACAAUAAUAUAAAUCAACUCCCCUUAUUAAAUAAUGUACCAUAUAUAAAUAAUGAUUUGUUACUUAAUAAUGUUAUAUUAAAUCAAAAUAAUAUGAAUAAUAUAGAAAAUCUGAAUACAAAUACUAUAGGUUCCUUACAGCCAUUUGUUACUAAUCCUGAUUUUUAUAUGAAUAAUAUAAAAAAUAUAUAUUUCGAUCCAAAUGUGCAAAAUAAUAAUUAUUUUGAGAACGUGCAAUUAUUAAAUCCCAAUAAUUUAAAUAACAAUAUGAACAACAUUAAUUAUAUUGAUCAAAAUUGUUUGGCAUAUAACAACAUAAAUGGUAUAAGUGGUAUAAAUGGUAUAAGUGGUAUAAGUGGUAUAAAUGGAAAUAUAAAUAAUUAUAACAAUAAAGAUAUAGUAAUUGGUAUACCUAAUAAUACUAACAAAAAUCAAAUAGAUACAAUCAAAUUAGAUGAUACUAUUUUGAAGAAUGAUCCAAAUUUAAUACUAAAUAAUAACAAUGCUGUAAAUCAUAGUGUGAAUGUAGAAAUGUUGAACAAUAUACAAAAUGUAAAUCAAAAAUUAUAUAAUGAUAUACAAGAAAAUGUACAUAUUACUAAUCCAUUACAUAAUAAUAAUAUAUUGGGAGGAGAUGUUUUAAAUAAUUCAUACUUAUUUAAUAUUAAUUCUUUUAAUCCUAACACGAACACAUAUAUUUAUAAUAAUAAUAAUAAUAAUGAUUAUUAUAAUAAUUGUAUAAACUAUAAUAUGUUAGACAAAAAGGAUAUCACUCCAAAAAAUGAAGAGAUUAACAUGAACAGUGUUUUCGAACAUCCAAAUAAAGAAAAUGGAUGUAAUGAUAUGAAGAAUAAUAAAAACUAUAUUAUAAAUAAGGAAGAUAAUGUUAAAAAUAAUGAUAACAAUAUUGAUAAAAUAAAUAAUGGACAAAAUAUAAAUAAUACCAACGUAACUGUAAUAAAAGAUAAAAGAAAUAAUAACUUAAGAGAUGACGAUAUAUUUAAGAAAAAUAUGAAAAGAUCAAAUUCUUUGGAUAUUAAAAAAUUAAAUUCUGAAAAAAAAAAUAAAUCAAUGAAUAUAGAAGAAGGUUCAAGAAAAACUAAAACAAAUACAACACAAUUAUUUAAUUAUUCAGAAAAUAGGAAAAAGGGAUUAAGAGAUAUGUCCACAUAUGCUGAUAAGGUUUUAGAAGAUAUGAAAUCACUUAUACCUUUAAAUUGCAAUGGUUCCAUAAAAAAAUCAUCAACACAUACACAGAAAAAGAAUGUUAGUACUAGUGAUAAUAGUUCAUUAAUGUAUAAUCAAAAUAAUACAAAUAUAUCAAACAUAUCAAACAAAUCAAACAUAUCAAACAUAUCAAACAUAUCAAAUAUAUCAAAUAAUAAUUUUAAGGAUAAUAAAAAGGAAGAAAGUACUAAUUUAUCAUUAAAAAAUUUGGUGUCGAAAGAUAUAAGUACUAAUAAUAAUGAUAUAAUUAUAAAUACAAGUGCUGAAACAUUGCCAGAUAGUUGUAAUAAUGAAAAUAAUACAACAAAUGAGACGACAUAUAAAUGUUUUAAUAGUUUAGAUAUGAAUAAUAAAAGUAAUAUUAGUAUAACAAAUAAUUUAGGAAAUAAUAUUAAAUUAAUGAGAUCUAAAUCUGUUACUACAAAUAAUCAUAAUUCAUUAUUAAUGAAGAGUGAUUUUUCAAAUUCUAAUAAUUCUUAUAAUAAUAAUUAUACAGAACAUAAUGGACAGAUAAAUAAUCCUCUCAAUCACUUAAAUCUUAAUGAUUUUAAAAAUAUUCAUUAUCAUGAUUUCAAUUUACAAAAUAGUACGAAUAAUAAACAAUUUAGAAAAUACUCAACAAAUGGAUAUAAUAAUAUAUAUAAUGAGUUGAAUAAGAAUAUUGCGACCGAUGCCUUUUCAUUUAAUAAAAGAGAUCAAGGCAAUUAUUUCAAAUCAGAAACGCGUAAGUCUUUAAGUAGUUUUAGAGAGGCCUUAAAGAAAGAAGGAAUAUUAGGUUAA